AUGGCAGCCACUGAUACGGAAUCCGAUCCCCUUGGGACAAAGCCUGACCGCUCAUCCAGCAGCGUAUCCGAAGGAGCCGAUCCGCCGAGCAAGCUUGCAGCGACGGUAGAGAAGCCCAUCUUUCCGUUGCUUCGGCUUCCCCAGGAGAUCGUGCUCAGAAUCUUCUACCAUCUGUAUCUGGAAGCCGUCUACAUGCCCCACAAGAGUGGUGAACGACAUCGUCAACGCCUCGCCAACUGGUUCAAGUUCCAGCUUCCUUACGUCCACAGUCUCUUCCACCAACUCUUGAUGCCAGCACUCCUUCCCUGCGUCGGUAUUGCCUCCAGAAGGGUGGGGUCGAGGCAUGCGGGGUCCGAGACUCCCCUUUCCGAUCUUGUGUCGUACCCGGCACUCCUCGCUCAGCUGCGUCACCUUUCCAUCGAUUUUGACAGGCUGGGCCAUGACGUAGCACAUCUUGACCGAGCACGUCUCGGACACGCAUUUCUCAUCAUUGCCAUGUCCUCUCGUCAACUUGAAACGCUCGAGUUGAGCGACCUCGUCCUGAUUGAUGAUGAUGAUUCAACGGAUCUCUACAAGCUUGAUCCGUACAAGUCCUACAGUAAGGCAAAACCUUGGCAGUUCGACCUUACUUACAGCCACCUUUUGCAAGUUCUGGCCGACAUCGACAUCGAGGAGGAACGACACCUUAUCCCGCGCUUCAAGCAAGCAUUUGAAGAACAAGGAAUGUGCUUUCCGCGUCUCAAGACUGCGCUGCUGAUGGACGGCAAUGGCGGAAUCUCGGUCAAGGAUUACGCCAAUCUUUUCCUGAUCCCGCGAGAGCUCUGCAACGGUCAAGUCAACGAGACACAAUGCAACAAGUCGUCGACCGAGUGCACAAACCUCAUAACUGCAUGUCCGGCUCUAUCUCAUCUCACCCUUGUGCUGUGGUACGACAAAUUGCUCAUCGAUCCUGCUUGGCUCGACGCAAUGGCCCACGUCAGAAGACAUCACGACCGUCUCGACACGAUCACGCUGGUUUCUCGUCGACUGCGGUAUGAGCCUCGUCUCUUGGGUGCCGGUGUGUCUCUGUCGCAGUGGUUCGAGCGCGACGUGUUGCCAGUGCUUAGGCAUGCUUUCUGGAUAUCAUGGAAGCAUCUUAUGGAUGUGGUUAUCUUCAUCUUGACCCUGAACGAUCAUGAAGUGUCACAAGCUAUCAAUACGCUUUGGAUGCCGGCCUACAAGCGCCUCAGGGAACUUUAA